AUGAAGGUGACGCCAUGGCGAAAGCUAUCGGAGGAGUUGUUGAGCCAGGGCAUCAAGAGCUUCUACCGACAGAAGAACCUGGUUCCAGUAGGCGUCACUGAAGAAGCUCUUGCCCCCUGGGCAGCAAAAAUGGCUAUGGCGUCUAGGAAGCUUGUCCAGCGCUUCAGGCGUAUUUACUGCGAGACACCUGAGAAUGCCAAGAGCAAUAGCUUGAAGGAGUUGAAGCGCAGACUUCAACGCGCAGAGAUCAUACCACCUCCGAGGGCCAAAAGAGGUCAGACAGAUGAGGCCGACAUGGAGCCUGUGGAGCCUCAGAAGGCUGCGAGUCCUGAUACCAUGGAGCAGCUUGUUUCGCCGCCGCCUAAGCACUUGGACUUUGACUGGGCUAAGCUCAGCGGUCUGGCGCAGAAGCGCUUGGUUUCAAAUGCAGCUGCAAAGGAGAAAGACAACGCAGUGGUGUCAGAGAAACCUGUUGCUACGCCUGCCCGCUCAAGCAGGCCACUGCCAGGUUUUGUACUUAAAGCUUUGGAGAAACAAGUGGUCUCGGUGACUCCUUUUGCCACUACGGCAGGAGAUGAGGACGUGAAAAAUGAGGAUGUGAAGCCUGAUGGCGGCAAGUCGUCCAAGCAAAAAAAGGCCAAGGCCAAGGCAAAGCCUAAAAAGAUUUCAAAGAAGGCCAAGAAGGUGAUAGCUGAUGAGGAAAUGGAAAGAGAGUUGUGUUUGGUGGACGCUUCCUGUGAACCCCAGCACUCCCAAAAGCAGCCUUUGCCCGGCGAGGCUCCCCUGCUAGAGGAAAAGUGUGACAAGGUGGCUGAGCCUGUGUAUGCGGGCUUCUGUGGAGUGGCUUUGGACAUUGACUUGGACAAGAGCAUGGACUUCCUCAAGCCUGCAGGGGCAAGAGGAAGCCACGCACGCUCCAUUGUCUUUCCACGUGGCAAUGAAGGCUUUACCUUUGUCCAUCUUGGCAACCGCUUAGCGGCGGUGGUUGCCCUUCUUACCUACUACUCUCUGAGCCAGGGUUGCAGGGUAUUGAUUGAGCAGCCUCAGGGAUCUUUAGCUUGUGAACACCCUCGGCUGGAGGUGCUCUUGAGGGAGCUUGGAUUGUACCAGGCAUCGAUCUGGGGCGGAGCUUAUUGUCAAGACGCAACACGCUCCACUCCGAAGCAGCACGUCUUGUAUUCGCAAGACUAUCAUUUGCUUUCUCGCCUUCAAGCUGCAGCCGGAUAUUUGAGCGCUGAAAGAUUGGCGGAGUUGCGUGGGCCAUCUUUGGUAAAAAACAGAAGCGUGCAGAUGGUGCUCCCCAAAGCUCCUUUGGUUGGCGAUGAGAAGAUCUAUGAAACAUCUGACGUGGCCCUGUUAGAGGAAAACCAUGGCCGUAAGCCUUCGGCCAACCAACUUGCCAAAGCCUUGGGUAUCUCUGCGCACGACGCCAAAGAGAUUUUGGAUGACAUGGACCCCGCCCCGCAGAACAAGAAACUUCGAGUGAGCAAGGAGCCUGAUCAUCAUCCACCUGAACCACCCGCACCUGCUCCAUCCUGCCCACCAGACUUGGAGGACACGUUCAGAGACGAGGAUGUGGAAGUGGUCGAGGCGGUUGAGCCGCUUUCCCAGUCCACACGCUGGGAGGAAAUUCCGGCUGCUCAGCUUGACCCCCCUUUGGAGACGCCGCCUGCUGGGGACUUGAAGGCUCCUGUGGAGAGAUUGGGAUCUCAAAGGUCGAUUGCCACCUUACUUCAGGGACAGCAGUUGUUGAAGGGCGGCUCCAAGGUCCUUGUGCUGAGCGAUGAGGAGGAGGAAGCGGAAGCUCAAGCUGCUGAAUUGCUCAAUACCACCGAAGCCCAUGAGCGCAGGCAAAGCCAGGAAGCUCUGAGGGUGGCCCAGGAAGCGAAGGUCAAUGAAGCUUUGGAGCAACACGAGCUGGCCAAAGCUGCUCGUCGUUCAGCCUCGCCUCCACCUGAAGGGCAUGCGGGAGCAGGCGCUGACUUGCCAGAAGGUAUGGCUUCCGGAACGCAUGUCAUGGAGAUUUCUUCAACUACUCACCGAAAAGAGUGGGCUACGCUGAGCCGCGUUGCCAAGGGUCCGCGAGCCAGCGAAUUCCCGGAAGUUGCGCGCCUUUUCCAGGGCACAAAAGCGCAGAAGCUUGAAGUACUUAAGGCUUUUGUGGAGCGAGGUAGCCUGGAAGCGAUCGAGGCUAGCUUUCAGGCUACGAGGCAACAUGAUGACAGCUUACAGGUCAAGCGAAAGUUGAUGACGCUUGAUGAAAUGAAUGCCGCUGGCUUCAGUGAGCACUUAGCCUGCAUGGCAAAGGAGAAGAAGCUGGGAUGCAUCCGCAGAGGAGCAGUUCCAGACCCUGAUGCGCCGAAUUGUCAGAAGAGCCAGAGGUUUUGGGUGAAUGUGGGAACUGAGCAAACAACGACAGAAAGGCAAACGCUCACCACGAGCAUGCAAGCGGGGAUCAGAGGGUCAGAUGCUAUGUCUGCAAUGGGCAUGAUGCUCCCGACUCCGACGCUGUCAGUGGCUGACCCAGUGGCCUUGGCGCGCCAGCAGCAGGCGGCAGUGGCUCAAUCCCCAGCCGCUCCGGCAUCUCCAGCACCUCCAGUACCCCGUGCAGAAGUCAAGAAAGAGCUGACUGCACUGAACUCCUUGCUCCUGGAUGUGGGGGAGUACGGAGAUGGCAGGUUUUCCGAGGGCACCACAGCCUUGAACCGGCACGUGGGCGACAGUCGUAUGAAGAGGGCAGAAAUUGGUGCUGUCCUGAAGGAAGUAAAGAAGCCGCGCUGGCCUGCGUUGAACUUCGAGAUGCUAUCAAGCUUGCUGCUGAAGUGGGUCGCGGAUUUGCAACGGCCAUACACUGAUAUCACAGAAGGAGCACUAUGGAGGUCGGACCCACGGCCAGAGGAUGAAGUGUGGUAUGAGAAACCUACUGUCACCAAUCUGAACCAAUGGAAGAUAUCGCUUCUAGCUCCUGAUAUCAUGCACACAUUUCAUUUAGGCACAGGCCGGGACAUUGCCGCGAGUGUGUUGACCAUUCUUUUGCGAAGCCGGGUCUUUUCCGGCAGCAACGUUGCUGCGCGGAUGGUGACGGCGUCGCGCUUGAUCCGAGAAUGGUCGAAGAAGGAUUCUACAAGGAAUGUACUUCCCAGCGCUUGGAGCCUGAAAAAGUCAAACCUUGGCUUGAAAACCGGCUCGUAUGUGCACUACCAUGGAAAAGCGUGGCACAUAGCCACAAUUUUAGGUUUCCUCGUUGAUUUCCUGGAGGAGCAAGAUGUCGACUCAGACUUGAAGAUGAUAUGCUGGACAGGUGACUAUAUCAUGAGCAUGCUGCACCAGGAACGAAAAGAUUCAGGCCUACUCCUUUCGGAGGAGAGCAAGGAAGCUCUGAGGGUUGUUGGGGGUUACCACAACAAAUUGCUAUUGUCCUUGCACAUUCGCUACAAAGGCUUCUGUUGCUACCUCUUGUUCAACGUGAGGCCGAAGUUUCAUAUGCAGGUUCACAUGCUAGAGACUGCUGCCCAGACAGGGCGGAACCCCGUGGUUCAAGCCAAUUGGAUGGAAGAAGACUUUGUGCGAACAGUUGCCAACUUGGCGAAGAAGACACACAAACGAACCAGCCAUCUGACGACGCUGCUGCGCUACACAGCAGGACAUUGA